GGCCGCCGCCAUCUGCCUUCCGCCUCUUCCGCGCCGCCCGCGGCCCCUCCGCGCCUUCGCCGGGCCGCUUGCGCCCGUUGAGGCACAGCCCCUUCGCCAUGGCCCGCACGGGAGCGGCGGGCUCAGGUGGCCCCUCACGGCCGAGCACGGCCCCACGCUCCCGGGGGCUCUCGGAUGGCGCUGGGCGGUGCCAGGGCCGCGGCCGGAGCAGCUGAGCGCCGAGAGCGCGAUGGGGGCGGGCCCGCGGGAGCUUUGAAACGGCGGCAGCGCGCUAAGGCGGCGAAGCUGGCCAUGGCCACCAAGCGCCUGGCCAGGCGGCUGGGGCUGGCGCGGAGCAGCGGGCGGACGCGGAGCGGGGCGCGGGCGGGCGCGGGGCAGCGCUUCGCCUUCCUCAUCGUCCUGGACUUCGAGGCCACGUGCUGGGGGGACCGCGAUCGGCGCGGGCCCGAGAUCAUUGAAUUUCCAGCAGUCCUGUUAAACACCUCAACAGGAGCCAUUGAAUCUGAAUUCCACAUGUAUGUUCAGCCCCAGGAGCAUCCUAUUCUCUCUGAAUUCUGUACAGAACUAACUGGCAUAACACAGAAUCAAGUUGACCAAGGGGUGCCUCUCAACAUUUGCUUAUCACAGUUUAUGAAAUGGAUUCAAAAGAUACAAAAGGAGAAGAAAAUUAUGUUCAGUACAGAUAGUCAGAGUAAUUCUACUUCGGAAGCAAAAGUGUGUGCCUUUGUUACAUGGACAGACUGGGACCUGGGUGUGUGUUUGCACUACGAGUGUAAGAGGAAGCAGCUGCGCAAACCCAACGUUCUGAAUUCCUGGAUUGAUCUCAAAGCGACGUACAGGGCCUUCUAUAACAGAAAGCCUAAGGGGCUCAAUGGAGCUUUGCAGGAUUUGGGGAUAGCUUUUGAAGGACGGGAACAUUCUGGGUUGGAUGAUUCCCGGAAUACUGCUCGUCUUGCUUGGAGGCUGAUUUGUGAUGGAUGUGUGCUGAAAGUUACUAAAUCUUUGGAUAAGGCACAUCAGAAGAGUAAUUUAAUUUCCAGAACACUGACUGUAAAUGUCACUGACAAGACUCCACUGGGAAGUAAGAACAGACCUGAAACAUCUAGAGAUGGAACUUGUGAAACAAAACCUCUGGCUGAGAACAAACACAAGAGUAUUGCUGGAAACAAGAUAAAUUCUAAUCUCCAGGCUGGGGAACAGCAGAUCACUUGCACUGAUCCCUCUGCAGAUGUCUGUGUUGUACCCAGCAGCAGCUCAAGGACUGAAUUCCAUGCUCAAAGCCAAAGCUCUUCAGCAGCACCUCCUGACAGAUUUCCUGUUCCCCUGGGUCUGGCACAGCCAUGUCCCAGUCCUGCAGCAACAGGCAUCCAUCAGGGAUUGAGCAUUGGGCAGCCUCUGAGAACAGCCAGGCCCAGCCUCCCAGCGCAGGGAUCAGGGCUGGUGCUGGUCUCCACCACCAUCCCCUCAGUUACUGUCUCCAGUGGGGACAUCAGCACCACUUCUGAGUGCCUGUCUCUGCUGACAGACUGGGAAGAUGUUGCUUUGAUACCAGAAUCUCAAUAUGAAGAAAAUUCAGACUCUGUUCAGCUAAAGGAUGACUCAAGUACAGAUAAUCUAACAGUGUCUGAAGAAGAAACUAUUUCUAAACAAUUGGCUGUGACAAGUUCAGAUAAUCAGAGUUUGGAGGAAAGUGUGGCACCCAUGGAACCUCUGAGGUCUGUUGUUUACAAAAGUCCUGAUACUACAAUCUAUAAUAUAGGGACAGUACAAAGGCAGACUUCAAAAUUUUCAGCUUUCAAGUUACCAUCUGCAAAGGGAAAUGCUGUUUCAGCACAAUCAGCAUUAACUGGAAAUUACUCUACUCCUUUAGAGGCUCCCAAAAGAAAGCCAACUAGUCCAAAAACAGCCCCACCAGCAAAAAAGCAGUCUUUUCAUAUAUAUCAAGAGAAAACGUCCUCUUUUGAUCACUCCUUACCUUUGAGAAGUUCAAAUUUGCCCAGAGUAUUUCCUGCAGUGCUGAACUCCACAGUCAAUUUGAAUGAGUCUGUAAGAGCUGUGAGAAAUGGAAAAUCAACUCCCCCUCUGUGUAACUGUGGCCGAAGAGCCAAAAAACUGUUUGUGUCAAAUGCUGGCCCAAAUCAUGGCAGAGCAUUUUUUUGUUGUCCUGUUGGCAAGCAAGGAGGAAAUAAGAAAAGUUGUGGAUACUUCAAGUGGGAAUAUGUACUUCUGAAAGAGAAAUCUAGUGGUCUCACCUUUAAUGCAGAUGCUUUGACCUCUCUUGGAACUGUUCCUAGUAAUUCAGAGAAUUCUUCCAACAAAAAAUAUUGGUGUCUUAGACCCUCUAUGAGAACUUGAAAAUGGAUACAAUCUUUUGUCUGAAUCCUAAACUCUCUAAGUUUCUUGCUUAACGGAAUCAGGAAGUCAAAUGAUGUCAGAUAUAUACUCUCAGACAAAAAGGACAGUUCUUGUUUAAUAUAAAUAGAAAGGAAAGUUGCUCAAACACACAAAAAUAUCAGCAUAUCAUAAAGUAACUCCUUAAUAAAGUGUGAGAGAACAGAUAAAACUAUAAGAGCUAAAAUUAGAGUAUGAGCAGCUGUUGCUACAAUUCUUGAAUUUGUUUUAUCAUAUAUUUUAAAUACUUUACUAGUCCAGUCCUUAAAGAUUUCAAUGACACAGAUUUUAUUUGCCCUUUUUCAUUCUAAAUAUACUUGUA